CGCCCUUCGGCCAUGCUUGCUCUUGCCCACUCCACCACGGGCGUCACUCCGUGCGAGCUCCCGCCCGUGACAGCGCGGAUCGUCGGCGGCGCCCCGGCGGCGCCCCAGCAGUACCCCUGGCUCGUCUCGUUUCGGCAGGGCCCCGGCGAGGGCAAUCACUUCUGCGGCGGCACGCUCAUCGCGCCGCAGUGGGUGCUCACCGCUGCCCACUGCACGCCAGUGACGGGGAACCCGCUAAAAGUCAGCGUAGGACUCCACUACCGUGGAAACGACGCAAACGAUAGAAUCUUUGAGGUUGACUUUCUUCGGCGGCACCCUGAAUGGAAUGACGAUUUCGUAAACGGCGCCGACCUCAUGCUGAUCCGGCUGAAGGAGCCGGUCAACGGAGACUGGUGCGGUGGGCCCUGCGACCCGAUCGCGGCGCUCGACGGGCCGGGCGCGACCGAGCGGCAGGACGAGGGGACAUGCCUCAAAAUCGCGGGCUGGGGCCUCCUCUCGGAGGGCGGAUUGGGAGCGUACUCGCUGCAAGAGGCCACCGUGCCCGUGGUGGGGCAGCCGACGUGCAGCAGCAAUUAUAACUUCCCCAUUCCGGACACCAUGAUUUGCGCGGGGUACGCCGAGGGCGAGAUCGACAGCUGCCAGGGCGACUCUGGCGGCCCGCUCUUUGGGUACGCGCCCGGCGGGGGCUACUCGCUCGUCGGCAUCGUCAGCUUUGGCAAUGGGUGCGCGCAGGCGGGCUUCCCCGGCGUGUACACGCGCGUCGCCUCCUACCGGGGGUGGAUCCUGGCGCAGCUCGGCGACGCGGAGGGCCAGCCCGGCGACAUGCCGGGCUCGGACCGCGACGCAGACGUGCAGGAGGAGGUGGACUGGGUCACCAUCUUCAUCGCCAUCGCGGUGACGUGCGUGAUCCUCGGCGUUGCCAUCCUCGCGUACGUAGCCUGGGCCACCUGCGUCGCGAGGCGGCGCAGCCAGCGCGCCGCGGCGGUGGCGGCAAUGAAUGUCAGGGGCUGGCAGAACGGGGCGAAUCAUCCGAAUGCGCCGCGGCCCAAACCGAGGCCCUAG